AGUGUUGAAAAUGGCACCACCCUCUACUAUCUCCAUUUACACACACUAAAAGAAAAAGGAAAAAGAAUAGACAAAUAAUUUAAAAUGGUAAAAGGACAUAAACUAGAGGGGUGUGAACUGUUCCCACCCACCUCAAAAACAAAAGGAAAUAAGUCCCACUUCAAUAAAUUAUGACCAGAGCUCCUUCAAAUAGCAAAGCAAUCCCAAAGCAAGAUUUUUCUUGUCCUCUUCUCUCCUCUAUAACCUAACCUUAAAAUUCUUGAAUCCUUCAAUCUUUAUUGUUAUAUGUGAUUCUUGUUUUUCUUUCUACUUUCUUUCUUCAAUGGAGGGGGUUUUUAGAUCCAAGUCCUGCAGAGAUGGAAGGAUGCGGAUAGCGGAUUACUAUGGAGACAAAACAGCACCAACUAGCAUGCAAGAUUUAAGGUCUUACAGUGUUGGCUAUGCAGGUUCCACCACUGUACAGCCAAGUCAGUUUGGGAAGGAGCUGAAGAUCAAGAAAGGGAAAAGCAAUCUCGGGUCAUCUUCAAAAAACUGGAGUUUUAAUGAUCCUGAACUACAAAGGAAAAAAAGAGUUGCAAGCUAUAAGGUUUAUGCUAUGGAAGGAAAGAUGAAAGGGUCUUUGAGAAAAAGCUUUAGGUGGAUCAAAGACACAUACACUCAAGUAGUCUACGGAUGGAGAUGACUUUGAGACCUAGAAAUGCCACUUUAUAAAGACAAUAUCGUUUUGCUGUGUGUUCCUUUUUAUGUUGUUUGUUAUGAAUAUAUGAAAAGCCAAGAAAGAUCUAAAAUGUAUUUCUAUUUCUAGAAGCAUAAAAGUUGUUUUGAGUCUAUAAUCGUGAAUUUAUAGCACAUGGUUCUUUUUCUUUGUUAA